CGCAAUAGUAAGUUACUGCAUAAACACUACUUACAUUAUAACCUUAACUAUGGCAUCUAUAACGGGUUGUGAACAUUUUAUUCAACAAAAGAACGACGAGCUGCUCAACAACUAUCGCAUUGUUCAUUGUAAUUUUGUGUCUUGUCUAUUUGAAAACUCAAAAAAAGCCAAAAAAAAAUUAGCCAAAUGUCAUGAUUGCAAAUAUUUCGGUCCACGACUCCUGUCGUGUCUACACUGUGUGUACUUUGCGUGUAGUCUUCACUUGAUCAAACAUUAUGCCCAAACCGAACAUGGUUUCGGCAUUAACCUGACCGCUGGCCAUUUGUUCUGUGCCGAAUGUGAAGAUUACAUCUACGAUAGUGACGUGCUGUCCAUAGCCAAUUCGUUACGCAAAGACAUUUACAGUUUUCAAAGCCGACCGUUGUCUGUGAACCAUAUCAAUUUGCUUAGAUCAAACAAUAACAUUAAGUAUGUCAACAACAUACCCGUGCCUGGUUUCGUAAAUCUAGGAAAUACGUGUUUCUUGAACAGCGUGCUACAAGUGCUCAUGCACACUCCGAUGUUGAGAAAUUACGUCCUCUCUGACCAACACGUUUGUCCCAAUUUGAAAGACCCCAAUCGAUGUAUCUUGUGUGAAAUCAGCAGGAUCUAUCAACAGGCGUACACGCUGGAGAUAAAUCUGAUCGGCUUGCAAAAACUGUUGAAAAUAUUUUGGGAAAACACCACUUACAUGGCCACCGCACUGCAGCACGACGCUCACGAGUGUUACAUUGCCAUACUGGACAUUAUACACAAGCAAACUAUCAAACCCAAUGAGAACGAUAAAGACCUGAGGCACCUGGAAAACUGUCAGUGUAUCAUACACAAGAUGUUUCGCGGAGUGUUGCAGAGCGACAUUGUUUGCCAGAGCUGUUGUAACAUAUCGUCGAAAAUCGACAUUAUCAACGACAUAUCCAUAUACUUUGCGUUGGACGACAAGGGCAAGUAUCCAUUGAGCAUCACCCUGAUGGAGUGUCUGGAACAGUACGGCCAAGUGGAGUUGUUAAAUGAUCUGGACUGCACAAACUGCAAGUCCAAACAACUAUCGACCAAGCAGCUGACGUUGAAGUAUCUGCCCAUGGUGCUAUGUUUUAUUCUGAAACGGUUUGGCCAACCCUCGGACAAUGUUUCCAAUAAAAUCACAACUAUUGUGGAGUUUCCCGAAACUUUGAACAUGGCUAAGUUUAUCGAAAAGAAAACUCUGACGGGCAACAGUUUUAUCGACGAGUGUCUGGCCACUUACGAGACAGUGUACAAACUGUACUCUGUCAUUUGUCACGAAGGUCAACUCAAUGGUGGCCAUUAUCUUUCAUACGUGCGGCAUUUGGGCCGUUGGUACCAGUGCAACGACAAUGUCGUGCGAAUUGUCGAAUUAGACGACGUCUUAAGGAGUCCAGCCUAUCUGCUAUUCUACCAUAAGGAGUUCAUGAACUUCUACUGAUAAACUCAACGGCCGCGCUUGGAUCACACGUAUACUUGUAUUUAUCUAUUAUUUAAAACAUUAGGCCAUAAAUAUGUGUUGUUUAUGCAUGUCGUAAUAAAAAUAUCAACUUUACUUUUCUUGUUUAAAAAAUUAAACAAUUAGGUACUUUUAUUUUUUUUAAGUAUGUAGGUUUGUCGUAUCAAUAUUUUAUUUU